CACCAGAACCACGUGACCCAGACACCACGUGACGCUGGUGCCCUCGUAGUCACUGCAAUACAGGAUCCGGCCGCAUCUGGGCCUUUGUACUUGUAUUCCAGAGUGGCAUUGCCCUUGCAGCAUGCCAGCCAGGGGCCGGAAGGGCAAGAAGAUGCAGGAGGAGGAGGAGGAGGAGGAGGAGGAGGAGGAGGAGGAGGUUGUUGGAGACGCUGGUGUCGCCCCGAAGGGGGGAGAUGCUUGCAAUGGAAAUCUGUACGACUGGAAAGACGGCCAUCAGGAGGCGAUGGCGGAUUUCUGGAGGGAUCAUCCAGAAUUUUACGAUAAGUCAAGUGCAAGAUACAAAGAUAUGCAGCACAAGAGAGCCGCGGUUCAAAGCUUCCUUGUCGACACGCAGAAGACCUUCGAGGAGCUCAACAAGCCGCUGCCUACAUAUGCACAGUUUGUAGGACACCUGCGGAAUAUGAGGACAAGAUUCAACAGAUACACGACGAAGAAGUCGUGGCAGCCUGCUCAUAGAAUCUCUGCCAAGGAAGCCUUCAUCAUAGAUCGCUACCAAUUUCUGCACAGGCACAUUGUGGGGAAUCGGCAUCUCUCGCACGAGAUGCAUUCGUUCGGUAGAGGCCGCCGCUUGGGAGAAGAGGACGACGACCACGAUGCCGUGAGUUUCGGGUCAAGUGUGGAGUCUUCUUGGCAGCCCGGACCGAGCCCACGCACCUUUGGACGACCGAGGCAGAAAAAGACGCGGGAGGAAAGCAACGCUAUCGACCGGUUUGGCGGAGAUGACGCCGAUGACGACGCCGUGAGCGUCGGGUCGAGUACGGAAUCUUCUACGGAACCUGGACCGGGCCCGCGCGCCUUUGGACGACGGAGGCGGAAAAAGAUGCGGGGGGAAAGCGACGCCACGGAGCGGGCAGAGCUUUUGGACCGGGCACGUCGUCGUGCGGGAAACAUCAACCGGCCUCUGUCGAACCACAAGAAGCGUGUCAAGGAAUUUGUGAGAUUCCUCGAAACCGAAAUCCUCCAAGUCCCGGAGCAUCGAUUCAACCACUGUAGUAUGGAGUUCAUCUACCUGGUCAGGAGUUUUCAGGCCCACGGCAGCGUUGAAGCGAACCGAGCCACGCGGAGCAGCGCGAACCCGUCCGUGGGAAUGUCCGAUCAAGGAAUGUCCGGCCCGAUCCGGUCUCGGGGAACGUGUAAUCGAGUGCAGACGACGAGUCGGGGAACGCGCCGCGUGCCGUGCGGGCCGCGAGUUAACCAACAGGAUGUCGGAGUACCCAGAGAAAACCCACGGCAGCGCUGAGAUUCGAACUGUCAACCUCAGAACUGUGAAGCAGAUGUGCAGCCCACAAGAGGACAGUGCUGCCAGUUUACGACAUUAUUUGCCUGACAUUUUAAGAGAAGAAUUAUUUUUACAACAACAGUACAACAAAAAAAAGUCCUACGAAUAACAUCAAAUAUUCAAAUCGUGAAAGCGGCAUCCAGGGAUUGUUUACCAAAUGGUGUUUCAUGCUCCACAAACGCUUUACCCAGAAAGCAAAAUGAAAAGUUGCACAAAUAGGGACUUCUUUGUUUACUUGAAUUGGUCAAAUGGAUUGAGUCUCCAUCUUGAAUGAAGAGCACAAGACGUUAAACGAGACCGAAUCCAAUCUGGCACGACCGCCUUCGCCAUUCACACGAGCCAGGAGGUGGUUAAUUGAUAACUCUAAAUUGCCCGUAGGUGUGAAUGUGAGCGUGAAUGAUUGUUUGUUUCUAUGUGCCCUGCGAUGGGCUGGCGACCAGUUCACGGUGUACCCCGCUUCUCGCCCGAAGGUAGCUGGGAUAGCCUCCGGCGACCCUGACCAGGAUAAGCGCUGUUGAAAAUGGACGGACGGAUGGAUGGAUAAAUACAAGGACAAAUGUAUGAAUAGUAUUGUUAAAAAUCUAUAUAUAAAAUGUAAAAAUCUAUAAAUAUUUGU